GUCAGUGUCCCGGACACCGACACCACCUACUGGUGCAGAGUUCACGAGCUGCCGAAGGAACUCAAAGAUAAACACCAUAUCAUUCAGUAUCAGGCGGUCAUACAGGAGGGCAACGAGGCUCUGCCUAAGAUAUUGGAAAACUGCAAACGAGUGAUCGCCGCCUGGGCUAUGGGCGCCGGGCCCCUGUCGUACCCAAAGCAGGCGGGCCUACCCAUCGGCGGCGCCAACUACUCCCUAUACGCUAUGCUUGAGAUUCACUACAAUAAUCCGGAACUCCGGAGCGAUUGGGUCGACAGC